AUGGCGUGUCAAGAGGUAAAUAGUGAAGUUCCUGACAGCGAUGUAGUUUUCCAUGACACCAUUUUUAUGAGAAACAACAAACACGUCUCGGAGCAAUGGAUUCGUAUUGGCGAAUUGUACCCCAAUGGUGCGAAGGAAUCAUUGCUCCCGGAGACGUUUGCACGCGAACAGUUCGGACAAGGAAGUCACUAUGAGUGCUUCAUGCUUUCUGCCCUCGCCACUUUAGUAAAAUUCCCCGACAUCAUUCGGAACUGCUUCGUGUCGAGGAAUGUGCGGCGUGACGGGAGGUACACUUUUCAGUUCUUUCGUGACAAGGAAUGGGUGAAGGUUGAAAUUGAUGACUCUGUUAUGCUUGAGGAUGAUGAAGUUUUGUUCAUCCGAUCACCCACUAGUCAUUGGUGGCCGCUACUGUUUGAGAAGGCUUAUGCGAAAUUCUACACCAGCUACGACAAUUUGGAGGGUUGUACCUUACAGGAGGCGUACCAUGACUUAACUGGCAACCCCGUGCUCAACAUCCCCAUGGACGCGAGGCUUGCCAAGGCUGCAGGUGUGGAUGUGACUGGAGGUCAGUAUUGGCUUGACCUCGCACAGAAGCUGCAAUCCGGCCAGUUUGUUGGUUCGCUGCUGACGAGGGAAACGGACCUUGAGUCGAUGGGUUUGCAGAGUGAGCAACAAUACGGGAUACUAGAGAUUUUUUCGCUAACUGGGACAUCAUCUGUAAGCGACAUUGUGAUUCACCUAUACAACCCAUUCGAGGACGAGGAAUUCACGUACAAAGGCCCGCUGAACAGUAAGGACACGGAGUGGACCCCCAAACUCCGUGAAAAGUAUAACGUGGAUGAUACGCACUCCAUAUUUCUUCCGCUACACGUUGCCCUGAAGAUCGUAAAUUCGGUGCAACUUUGCUACAUAUCCCCUAUUGAUGGUGACGCGACGUAUUUUGAUGAUGAGUGGAAGGGUGAAACUGCGGGAGGGAACCCCACGAGUGUAACAUGGCGCAAGAACCCCCUAUACUGCGUCAGGAACGCUGGGAUCAACCCCGUGGAACUGGUUGUCGUGAUUAAGCAGAAGGAUCAACGUCAUCUUUGGACAUCAGAAGAUGAUGAACUGAUGUACAAAAGGUGUGGCAUUGUUGUUGUUCAGAGUACCACAGUCACACAAAUACCGACAUAUUUUGUAACAGGGAACAAUCACAAAGCAAUACACAAGAGUUUGUUCCUAAACUCUCGUGAAGUGUCCAGUUUCGUUCGGAUACCACCUAAUUCCUUGUGCUACCUUGUACCUUCUUGCAUGAAGAAGGGAGCGGAGAGUGCAUUUACGCUCGCACUGUACCGGAUGAAGCACCAAAAUUAUACGGAGUUCAAUGUUAGUCGACUUGCUCUGCCGAAAUUGCUGUGGCACAAUCCUAUCCAAGAGAAACUCCAACUUCAAAUGUUCACAAAGGAUAGAAGGGAUUUUUACGUCGAUAUACCCACUGACAUUCACAUUUUGAUGCAUCAAGAAAAACCGUUUGUAAGUGAGAAGACCGGUGGUGAUGCUAUGGUUCAGGAUUACGUUGGUGUCUACCUUUAUGAUGACACGGACCGUAAGAUUGGAGGUGUGCACGCUGCGACGAAUUUCAGGGAAACAAGUGUCUUGCAUCGCCUUCCUCGUAGUGGUCGUUAUGCUAUUUCAAUUACGUGUCCCCGGGCAAGUGGUGAAGUACCCAUUGCUCUCACAAUUGUUGGUUCUCCUGAUGCUAAUGUUCGUAUUGUUGAGGCUCCUGAUGAUGCCUCCAUGUUUGAUGAUGAGGAUGAUAUUGCAGAGGGUGAUGAGGAUGCUACUGUUUCUAAUCCCAUUGACUACAUUCCUGUUGCUGGUGGAGGGCAGGUGUUCACUGAGGUACCCGAUAGUACGGUCCCAUUUGAAGAUAAACGUUUCAUGGUUGAUAAUAAGAUUAUGACGAAUGAACCGUGGAUCCACAUUGGUGACCUUUAUCCUGAGGGAAAGACGCGCUCACUUUUGCCGGAGCGUCUGAGUCGUGAGCAGUUUGAGCAGGGUGAACACUUCGAGUGCUGUUGUCUGACCGCUUUUGCAGCGCUGGUGGAGCACCACCCCAACGUAAUUCGUGACGCGUUUGUGACGAAGGCUGUACGACGUGACGGACGGUACACGUUCCGGUUCCACCGCUACGGUCAGUGGGUGAAGGUGGAGAUUGAUGAUCGUAUUCCCCUUCUUGGUGGGAAAACUUUAUUCUGUCGAUCAUCUGAUGGUUAUUGGUGGCCACUACUACUAGAGAAGGCGUAUGCUAAGUUCUACACACUAUACCAAAAUAUUGAGGGAUGUACGCUGCGGGAACUGUUUUACGACCUAACAGGGCUUCCUGUGCUUAGCAUUCCGAUGGAGUUGAAACUCGCGAAGGCUGUACUGUGUGAUGUUGAUGAUGUGAGUUUUUGGGUUGAGCUCAGUGAGGGUCUGAAGGAUUGUGCGUGUGCUGCCGUUGCACGCCCCGGUUUCGAUGACACCCUUGGUUUGUCCAAUGGGCAAGAGUACGCUGUCCUUGAUGUGGUAUCGUUAACGGAUGGUGAGGCCUCUUCCAUAUCUGAUCUUGUUGUAAAACUUCAUAAUCCGUUUCUGGAGACUGAGUACAAAGGCCCUAUGAAUGCAAGCGAUGCUGCGUGGUCGUCUGAGCUGCGUACCCGUCUAUGUCCGGAGCGACGGGAUACUAUCUACAUUCCCGUGGAAGUUUUCUGCAAUGCAUUUCUCACUGUGGAGAAAGUUAUGGUGCGUGGUCUUAUUGUUCCCGGGUGGCAAUUCAACAGUGAAUGGGGUGAGGGCACGAACGGUGGCAAUCCAACACUUGUGACGUGGCGUGAGAACCCCAUUUACGUUGUGCAGAACACUGCGGAUACCCCGUUACAGAUUAUUGCAAUGAUUGGGCAACCUGAUCAGCGUCGCGUGCUACACCUUCUCCCCGAGCAAGAGGUAAACUACGUUCAAUGUGGGUUGUCGCUUGCCAAGAGUAUUAAGGGUGAAUCGAUCCCGACAUACUUGCUGACACCCAAUAGUCAUGUUUUGAUUCAUAAGGGCCGUUUCUUUUCUUACCGUGAAGUAGCUGAUGUUAUUGUUGUUCCGGGGAAUAGCCUCACUUUUCUCGUUCCAAGCGCGAUGUUUCGUGACAAAACGAAGUUUCUUCUCUCGUACUGGUACUCUAGUGCGAACGACAGGAACAGUGUUACAAUUGAGCGUCUUAAUUUGGGUGUUGCGCGGCAUCUUCCAGCCAUUGCCCAUCUCACUGUCAAAGAGAGGGUGAGGGAGCAAGUGGAUUUUAUUGUCGAUGUUCCCACUGACGUUCAUAUCCUUCUUCGUCAAGAAAAACCCUGCCACGGUGACAGUGUUUCAAAUGCCUUGACAGAUGAUUUUCUUGCCAUGUAUUUGUAUAAUUCUGAAGAUGAUCAACUCAGUGGUGUUGUGACCGCGACCAACUACAGGGAGAUGGGAAUAGUUCAUCACCUCUCCGAAGGGGGGAGAUAUGUAAUUUACGUUGUUUGCCCUCGUGCUGAGGGUGAGGUUCCUUUGAGAAUAGAAAUUGUCGCUAUGCAGUCGGCCCAGGUUCGCACAGUGGAAGCAUUACCCUUGUGCAAAUCAAUCUUGCAGGUGGAAAAAGAGCUAAAGCUGAGUACUGGGUCCUUGCCAUACUCACCACUCCUUAUAAGCGAAGGGGAUCUCAAAAAUUUCUCGGGGCGACUAUCGGACAACUCUAUGCGGUUGGAGAGUUCCAGUGACCCUGACUUAUCUUUCCUUGGAGCCGAGGUGGAAGGAAUUCCCACCCUGGAUCUCACUCUGAUGAGCGACUCUUCAUUUUCUGAGAUGGCACGUGAGCGCAUGCAAUUAAAGCGGGAUCCCAUUGCUAAUGCGAGUCGUUUGGCUGAGGUUGAAGAUAGUAUGGUGGCACGUGCGAAUGCUAUUGCCAAGGAAAUGCAUUUGAGAGAGCGGCGAUAUCUGAACCCUGAGCCUGAGGGUGUCCCCCUUGAGUUGCUUCCUUUAAACGAGGACGAAGUUGUGAGUGAGAAGGAGGACCGCCUCCGUGCGCUGAAUCGUAAGGAGCAGAAGGACGAGAAACUGUUACGGAGUCUUGAGGACGUGAUAGCGGACCGUGUACACGAGAUCGCGAGGGAGCUGAAGGUGAGUGAACGUGAUCUGUUCCUUGAUCCCACUCCAGGAGGUUUCCCUGUAGCGCAGCUUCCGCUGGACGAAGACGAUGUGUUUCAUUCACUCGAAGUGGAGCGACUGCAACUGCGACUGCGUCAGGAUUCCCUUGCUAGCAAAGAAAGAAUUGCUGAACUGGAAAACAUGAUGAAUUGUAGGACUACGGAGCUCAUCGACAAAAUGAAAGAAGAGAUUAGGAAGUUUCUUGACCCCACCCCACUAGGAAUACCACUUGAAGAACUAAAACUGGACGAACACGACAAUUAUGUUGCAAAAGAGAUAAGCCUAAUUGGAAUGAUAAGAAAAGGGAAAAAAGAAUCACAGGAAGCAAUUUCAAUUCGGGAACAGUUACUUCAAAUAGAAUACGCUGUUGCCAAGGAACACUUAAACAACUUUAGGAUACAGUACCUCGGAGACGACAUUGAGGGUCGCCAACCGAACGAAUUAAACUUAGAAGAAGAAGAAACUUAUAUGCAGAUGGAGAGAAAAUUGAUUGAAUACUACAACAGUAAUCAACGUAACAGCGAAGAAGCGCAGAAAAUAAGAGUAAAUCUACUUCACAAAGCUACAAAAGCAUCAAAGCAUUUAAAUCGAUCCGAGAGAAAAAACUACAUUAAGAGAGACAGACUCGAGAUUUCAAUAUCAAACAUUCCGCUUGAUGACAACGAACAGUUCACAACAUUAGAAGCGGAACGAAUAAGAAAAAAAAGAAAUAAAAAAAAUUCAGAGGUUGAACAAAUAGAAAUGGAACUCAACAAUAUAGCACAACAGCUAGCUAAACUGAAAGCAUCCGAUAGCCGCAGCUUCCUUGAUCCUAUGCCAGAAGGAGUGCCGUUGAGUGAGCUUGAAUUGGACAAGGAUGAGAAGUUCAGCACCAUGGAAGAGGAGCGUCGUAAGCUUAUUGCUGAGGAUCGUGAAGAUAAUGCAACACGCAUUGCUGAAUUAGAAGCAGCAAUGAACGAGUAUUCACAUGAGCUUGCUAAACUGAAAGCAUCCGAUAGCCGCAGCUUCCUUGAUCCUAUGCCAGAAGGAGUGCCGUUGAGUGAGCUUGAAUUGGAUAAGGAUGAGAAGUUCAGCACCAUGGAAGAGGAGCGUCGUAAGCUUAUUGCUGAGGAUCGUGAAGGUAAUGCUGCGCGCAUUGCUGAAUUAGAAGCAGCAAUGAACGAGCAUUCACAUGAGCUUGCUAAACUGAAAGCAUCCGAUAGCCGCAGCUUCCUUGAUCCUAUGCCAGAAGGAGUGCCGUUGAGUGAGCUUGAAUUGGAUAAGGAUGAGAAGUUCAGCACCAUGGAAGAGGAGCGUCGUAAGCUUAUUGCUGAGGAUCGUGAAGAUAAUGCAACACGCAUUGCUGAAUUAGAAGCAGCAAUGAACGAGUAUUCACAUGAGCUUGCUAAACUGAAAGCAUCCGAUAGCCGCAGCUUCCUUGAUCCUAUGCCAGAAGGAGUGCCGUUGAGUGAGCUUGAAUUGGAUAAGGAUGAGAAGUUCAGCACCAUGGAAGAGGAGCGUCGUAAGCUUAUUGCUGAGGAUCGUGAAGGUAAUGCUGCACGCAUUGCUGAACUAGAAGCUGCAAUGAACGAGCAUUCACAUGAGCUUGCUAAACUGAAAGCAUCCGAUAGCCGCAGCUUCCUUGAUCCUAUGCCAGAAGGAGUGCCGUUGAGUGAGCUAGGAUUGGAUAAGGAUGAGAAGUUCAGCACCAUGGAAGAGGAGCGUCGUAAGCUUAUUGCUGAGGAUCGUGAAGGUAAUGCAACACGCAUUGCUGAAUUAGAAGCAGCAAUGAACGAGCAUUCACAUAAGCUUGCUAAACUGAAAGCAUCCGAUAGCCGCAGCUUCCUUGAUCCUAUGCCAGAAGGAGUGCCGUUGAGUGAGCUUGAAUUGGAUAAGGAUGAGAAGUUCAGCACCAUGGAAGAGGAGCGUCGUAAGCUUAUUGCUGAGGAUCGUGAAGGUAAUGCUGCACGCAUUGCUGAACUAGAAGCUGCAAUGAACGAGCAUUCACAUGAGCUUGCUAAACUGAAAGCAUCCGAUAGCCGCAGCUUCCUUGAUCCUAUGCCAGAAGGAGUGCCACUAAGUGAGCUUGAAUUGGAUAAGGAUGAGAAGUUCAGCACCAUGGAAGAGGAGCGUCGUAAGCUUAUUGCUGAGGAUCGUGAAGGUAAUGCUGCACGCAUUGCUGAAUUAGAAGCAGCAAUGAACGAGCAUUCACAUGAGCUUGCUAAACUGAAAGCAUCCGAUAGCCGCAGCUUCCUUGAUCCUAUGCCAGAAGGAGUGCCGUUGAGUGAGCUUGAAUUGGACAAGGAUGAGAAGUUCAGCACCAUGGAAGAGGAGCGUCGUAAGCUUAUUGCUGAGGAUCGUGAAGGUAAUGCUGCACGCAUUGCUGAAUUAGAAGCAGCAAUGAACGAGCAUUCACAUGAGCUUGCUAAACUGAAAGCAUCCGAUAGCCGCAGCUUCCUUGAUCCUAUGCCAGAAGGAGUGCCGUUGAGUGAGCUUGAAUUGGAUAAGGAUGAGAAGUUCAGCACCAUGGAAGAGGAGCGUCGUAAGCUUAUUGCUGAGGAUCGUGAAGGUAAUGCUGCACGCGUUGCUGAACUAGAAGCUGCAAUGAACGAGCAUUCACAUGAGCUUGCUAAACUGAAAGCAUCCGAUAGCCGCAGCUUCCUUGAUCCUAUGCCAGAAGGAGUGCCGUUGAGUGAGCUAGGAUUGGAUAAGGAUGAGAAGUUCAGCACCAUGGAAGAGGAGCGUCGUAAGCUUAUUGCUGAGGAUCGUGAAGGUAAUGCUGCACGCAUUGCUGAACUAGAAGCAGCAAUGAACGAGCAUUCACAUGAGCUUGCUAAACUGAAAGCAUCCGAUAGCCGCAGCUUCCUUGAUCCUAUGCCAGAAGGAGUGCCGUUGAGUGAGCUUGAAUUGGAUAAGGAUGAGAAGUUCAGCACCAUGGAAGAGGAGCGUCGUAAGCUCAUUGCUGAGGAUCGUGAAGGUAAUGCUGCACGCAUUGCUAGACUUGAGGAGAGGAUGAACGAACUUUCCCGUGAACUCGCAAGAAUGAAGUUGAAGGAUCGCAGCUUCCUUGAUCCUAUGCCAGAAGGAGUGCCACUAAGUGAGCUUGAAUUGGAUAAGGAUGAGAAGUUCAGCACCAUGGAAGAGGAGCGUCGUAAGCUCAUUGCUGAGGAUCGUGAAGGUAAUGCAACACGCAUUGCUGAAUUAGAAGCAGCUAUGAACGAGCAUUCACAUGAGCUUGCUAAACUGAAAGCAUCCGAUAGCCGCAGCUUCCUUGAUCCUAUGCCAGAAGGAGUGCCGUUGAGUGAGCUUGAAUUGGAUAAGGAUGAGAAGUUCAGCACCAUGGAAGAGGAGCGUCGUAAGCUCAUUGCUGAGGAUCGUGAAGGUAAUGCAACACGCAUUGCUGAAUUAGAAGCAGCAAUGAGCGAGCAUUCACAUGAGCUUGCUAAACUGAAAGCAUCCGAUAGCCGCAGCUUCCUUGAUCCUAUGCCAGAAGGAGUGCCACUAAGUGAGCUUGAAUUGGAUAAGGAUGAGAAGUUCAGCACCAUGGAAGAGGAGCGUCGUAAGCUUAUUGCUGAGGAUCGUGAAGGUAAUGCUGCACGCAUUGCUGAACUAGAAGCAGCUAUGAACGAGCAUUCACAUGAGCUUGCUAAACUGAAAGCAUCCGAUAGCCGCAGCUUCCUUGAUCCUAUGCCAGAAGGAGUGCCGCUAAGUGAGCUUGAAUUGGAUAAGGAUGAGAAGUUCAGCACCAUGGAAGAGGAGCGUCGUAAGCUUAUUGCCGAGGAUCGUGAAGGUAAUGCUGCACGCAUUGCUGAACUAGAAGCAGCGAUGAACGAGCAUUCACAUGAGCUUGCUAAACUGAAAGCAUCCGAUAGCCGCAGCUUCCUUGAUCCUAUGCCAGAAGGAGUGCCGUUGAGUGAGCUUGAAUUGGACAAGGAUGAGAAGUUCAGCACCAUGGAAGAGGAGCGUCGUAAGCUUAUUGCUGAGGAUCGUGAAGGUAAUGCUGCACGCAUUGCUGAACUAGAAGCAGCAAUGAACGAGCAUUCACAUGAGCUUGCUAAACUGAAAGCAUCCGAUAGCCGCAGCUUCCUUGAUCCUAUGCCAGAAGGAGUGCCGUUGAGUGAGCUUGAAUUGGAUAAGGAUGAGAAGUUCAGCACCAUGGAAGAGGAGCGUCGUAAGCUUAUUGCUGAGGAUCGUGAAGGUAAUGCUGCACGCAUUGCUGAACUAGAAGCAGCAAUGAACGAGCAUUCACAUGAGCUUGCUAAACUGAAAGCAUCCGAUAGCCGCAGCUUCCUUGAUCCUAUGCCAGAAGGAGUGCCGUUGAGUGAGCUAGGAUUGGAUAAGGAUGAGAAGUUCAGCACCAUGGAAGAGGAGCGUCGUAAGCUUAUUGCUGAGGAUCGUGAAGGUAAUGCAGCACGCAUUGCUGAACUAGAAGCAGCAAUGAACGAGCAUUCACAUGAGCUUGCUAAACUGAAAGCAUCCGAUAGCCGCAGCUUCCUUGAUCCUAUGCCAGAAGGAGUGCCGUUGAGUGAGCUUGAAUUGGAUAAGGAUGAGAAGUUCAGCACCAUGGAAGAGGAGCGUCGUAAGCUUAUUGCUGAGGAUCGUGAAGGUAAUGCUGCACGCAUUGCUGAAUUAGAAGCAGCAAUGAACGAGCAUUCACAUGAGCUUGCUAAACUGAAAGCAUCCGAUAGCCGCAGCUUCCUUGAUCCUAUGCCAGAAGGAGUGCCGUUGAGUGAGCUUGAAUUGGAUAAGGAUGAGAAGUUCAGCACCAUGGAAGAGGAGCGUCGUAAGCUUAUUGCUGAGGAUCGUGAAGGUAAUGCUGCACGCAUUGCUGAAUUAGAAGCAGCAAUGAACGAGCAUUCACAUGAGCUUGCUAAACUGAAAGCAUCCGAUAGCCGCAGCUUCCUUGAUCCUAUGCCAGAAGGAGUGCCGUUGAGUGAGCUUGAAUUGGAUAAGGAUGAGAAGUUCAGCACCAUGGAAGAGGAGCGUCGUAAGCUUAUUGCUGAGGAUCGUGAAGGUAAUGCUGCACGCAUUGCUGAAUUAGAAGCAGCAAUGAACGAGCAUUCACAUGAGCUUGCUAAACUGAAAGCAUCCGAUAGCCGCAGCUUCCUUGAUCCUAUGCCAGAAGGAGUGCCGUUGAGUGAGCUUGAAUUGGAUAAGGAUGAGAAGUUCAGCACCAUGGAAGAGGAGCGUCGUAAGCUUAUUGCUGAGGAUCGUGAAGGUAAUGCUGCACGCGUUGCUGAACUAGAAGCUGCAAUGAACGAGCAUUCACAUGAGCUUGCUAAACUGAAAGCAUCCGAUAGCCGCAGCUUCCUUGAUCCUAUGCCAGAAGGAGUGCCGUUGAGUGAGCUAGGAUUGGAUAAGGAUGAGAAGUUCAGCACCAUGGAAGAGGAGCGUCGUAAGCUUAUUGCUGAGGAUCGUGAAGGUAAUGCUGCACGCAUUGCUGAACUAGAAGCAGCAAUGAACGAGUAUUCACAUGAGCUUGCUAAACUGAAAGCAUCCGAUAGCCGCAGCUUCCUUGAUCCUAUGCCAGAAGGAGUGCCGUUGAGUGAGCUAGGAUUGGAUAAGGAUGAGAAGUUCAGCACCAUGGAAGAGGAGCGUCGUAAGCUUAUUGCUGAGGAUCGUGAAGGUAAUGCUGCACGCAUUGCUGAAUUAGAAGCAGCAAUGAACGAGCAUUCACAUGAGCUUGCUAAACUGAAAGCAUCCGAUAGCCGCAGCUUCCUUGAUCCUAUGCCAGAAGGAGUGCCGUUGAGUGAGCUUGAAUUGGAUAAGGAUGAGAAGUUCAGCACCAUGGAAGAGGAGCGUCGUAAGCUUAUUGCUGAGGAUCGUGAAGGUAAUGCUGCACGCAUUGCUGAAUUAGAAGUUGCAAUGAACGAGCAUUCACAUGAGCUUGCUAAACUGAAAGCAUCCGAUAGCCGCAGCUUCCUUGAUCCUAUGCCAGAAGGAGUGCCGUUGAGUGAGCUUGAAUUGGAUAAGGAUGAGAAGUUCAGCACCAUGGAAGAGGAGCGUCGUAAGCUUAUUGCUGAGGAUCGUGAAGGUAAUGCUGCACGCAUUGCUGAACUAGAAGCAGCAAUGAACGAGCAUUCACAUGAGCUUGCUAAACUGAAAGCAUCCGAUAGCCGCAGCUUCCUUGAUCCUAUGCCAGAAGGAGUGCCGUUGAGUGAGCUUGAAUUGGAUAAGGAUGAGAAGUUCAGCACCAUGGAAGAGGAGCGUCGUAAGCUUAUUGCUGAGGAUCGUGAAGGUAAUGCUGCACGCAUUGCUGAACUAGAAGCUGCAAUGAACGAGCAUUCACAUGAGCUUGCUAAACUGAAAGCAUCCGAUAGCCGCAGCUUCCUUGAUCCUAUGCCAGAAGGAGUGCCGUUGAGUGAGCUAGGAUUGGAUAAGGAUGAGAAGUUCAGCACCAUGGAAGAGGAGCGUCGUAAGCUUAUUGCUGAGGAUCGUGAAGGUAAUGCUGCACGCAUUGCUGAAUUAGAAGCAGCGAUGAACGAGUAUUCACAUGAGCUUGCUAAACUGAAAGCAUCCGAUAGCCGCAGCUUCCUUGAUCCUAUGCCAGAAGGAGUGCCACUAAAUGAGCUUGAAUUGGACAAGGAUGAGAAGUUCAGCACCAUGGAAGAGGAGCGUCGUAAGCUUAUUGCUGAGGAUCGUGAAGGUAAUGCUGCACGCAUUGCUGAACUAGAAGCAGCAAUGAACGAGUAUUCACAUGAGCUUGCUAAACUGAAAGCAUCCGAUAGCCGCAGCUUCCUUGAUCCUAUGCCAGAAGGAGUGCCACUAAAUGAGCUUGAAUUGGACAAGGAUGAGAAGUUCAGCACCAUGGAAGAGGAGCGUCGUAAGCUUAUUGCCGAGGAUCGUGAAGGUAAUGCUGCACGCAUUGCUGAACUAGAAGCUGCAAUGAACGAGCAUUCACAUGAGCUUGCUAAACUGAAAGCAUCCGAUAGCCGCAGCUUCCUUGAUCCUAUGCCAGAAGGAGUGCCGUUGAGUGAGCUUGAAUUGGACAAGGAUGAGAAGUUCAGCACCAUGGAAGAGGAGCGUCGUAAGCUUAUUGCUGAGGAUCGUGAAGGUAAUGCUGCACGCAUUGCUGAAUUAGAAGCAGCAAUGAACGAGCAUUCACAUGAGCUUGCUAAACUGAAAGCAUCCGAUAGCCGCAGCUUCCUUGAUCCUAUGCCAGAAGGAGUGCCGCUAAGUGAGCUUGAAUUGGAUAAGGAUGAGAAGUUCAGCACCAUGGAAGAGGAGCGUCGUAAGCUUAUUGCUGAGGAUCGUGAAGGUAAUGCUGCACGCAUUGCUGAACUAGAAGCAGCAAUGAACGAGCAUUCACAUGAGCUUGCUAAACUGAAAGCAUCCGAUAGCCGCAGCUUCCUUGAUCCUAUGCCAGAAGGAGUGCCGUUGAGUGAGCUAGGAUUGGAUAAGGAUGAGAAGUUCAGCACCAUGGAAGAGGAGCGUCGUAAGCUUAUUGCUGAGGAUCGUGAAGGUAAUGCUGCACGCAUUGCUGAAUUAGAAGCAGCAAUGAACGAGCAUUCACAUGAGCUUGCUAAACUGAAAGCAUCCGAUAGCCGCAGCUUCCUUGAUCCUAUGCCAGAAGGAGUGCCGUUGAGUGAGCUAGGAUUGGAUAAGGAUGAGAAGUUCAGCACCAUGGAAGAGGAGCGUCGUAAGCUUAUUGCUGAGGAUCGUGAAGGUAAUGCUGCACGCAUUGCUGAAUUAGAAGCAGCAAUGAACGAGCAUUCACAUGAGCUUGCUAAACUGAAAGCAUCCGAUAGCCGCAGCUUCCUUGAUCCUAUGCCAGAAGGAGUGCCGUUGAGUGAGCUUGAAUUGGAUAAGGAUGAGAAGUUCAGCACCAUGGAAGAGGAGCGUCGUAAGCUUAUUGCUGAGGAUCGUGAAGGUAAUGCUGCACGCAUUGCUGAAUUAGAAGCAGCAAUGAACGAGCAUUCACAUGAGCUUGCUAAACUGAAAGCAUCCGAUAGCCGCAGCUUCCUUGAUCCUAUGCCAGAAGGAGUGCCGUUGAGUGAGCUUGAAUUGGAUAAGGAUGAGAAGUUCAGCACCAUGGAAGAGGAGCGUCGUAAGCUUAUUGCUGAGGAUCGUGAAGGUAAUGCUGCACGCAUUGCUGAACUAGAAGCAGCAAUGAACGAGUAUUCACAUGAGCUUGCUAAACUGAAAGCAUCCGAUAGCCGCAGCUUCCUUGAUCCUAUGCCAGAAGGAGUGCCGUUGAGUGAGCUUGAAUUGGAUAAGGAUGAGAAGUUCAGCACCAUGGAAGAGGAGCGUCGUAAGCUUAUUGCUGAGGAUCGUGAAGGUAAUGCUGCACGCAUUGCUGAAUUAGAAGCAGCAAUGAACGAGCAUUCACAUGAGCUUGCUAAACUGAAAGCAUCCGAUAGCCGCAGCUUCCUUGAUCCUAUGCCAGAAGGAGUGCCGUUGAGUGAGCUUGAAUUGGACAAGGAUGAGAAGUUCAGCACCAUGGAAGAGGAGCGUCGUAAGCUUAUUGCUGAGGAUCGUGAAGGUAAUGCUGCACGCAUUGCUGAAUUAGAAGCAGCAAUGAACGAGCAUUCACAUGAGCUUGCUAAACUGAAAGCAUCCGAUAGCCGCAGCUUCCUUGAUCCUAUGCCAGAAGGAGUGCCGUUGAGUGAGCUUGAAUUGGAUAAGGAUGAGAAGUUCAGCACCAUGGAAGAGGAGCGUCGUAAGCUUAUUGCUGAGGAUCGUGAAGGUAAUGCUGCACGCAUUGCUGAACUAGAAGCAGCAAUGAACGAGUAUUCACAUGAGCUUGCUAAACUGAAAGCAUCCGAUAGCCGCAGCUUCCUUGAUCCUAUGCCAGAAGGAGUGCCGUUGAGUGAGCUUGAAUUGGAUAAGGAUGAGAAGUUCAGCACCAUGGAAGAGGAGCGUCGUAAGCUUAUUGCUGAGGAUCGUGAAGGUAAUGCUGCACGCAUUGCUGAAUUAGAAGCAGCAAUGAACGAGCAUUCACAUGAGCUUGCUAAACUGAAAGCAUCCGAUAGCCGCAGCUUCCUUGAUCCUAUGCCAGAAGGAGUGCCGUUGAGUGAGCUUGAAUUGGAUAAGGAUGAGAAGUUCAGCACCAUGGAAGAGGAGCGUCGUAAGCUUAUUGCUGAGGAUCGUGAAGGUAAUGCUGCACGCAUUGCUGAACUAGAAGCUGCAAUGAACGAGCAUUCACAUGAGCUUGCUAAACUGAAAGCAUCCGAUAGCCGCAGCUUCCUUGAUCCUAUGCCAGAAGGAGUGCCGUUGAGUGAGCUUGAAUUGGACAAGGAUGAGAAGUUCAGCACCAUGGAAGAGGAGCGUCGUAAGCUUAUUGCUGAGGAUCGUGAAGGUAAUGCUGCACGCAUUGCUGAACUAGAAGCUGCAAUGAACGAGCAUUCACAUGAGCUUGCUAAACUGAAAGCAUCCGAUAGCCGCAGCUUCCUUGAUCCUAUGCCAGAAGGAGUGCCGUUGAGUGAGCUAGGAUUGGAUAAGGAUGAGAAGUUCAGCACCAUGGAAGAGGAGCGUCGUAAGCUUAUUGCUGAGGAUCGUGAAGGUAAUGCUGCACGCAUUGCUGAAUUAGAAGCAGCGAUGAACGAGUAUUCACAUGAGCUUGCUAAACUGAAAGCAUCCGAUAGCCGCAGCUUCCUUGAUCCUAUGCCAGAAGGAGUGCCGUUGAGUGAGCUUGAAUUGGACAAGGAUGAGAAGUUCAGCACCAUGGAAGAGGAGCGUCGUAAGCUUAUUGCCGAGGAUCGUGAAGGUAAUGCUGCACGCAUUGCUGAACUAGAAGCUGCAAUGAACGAGCAUUCACAUGAGCUUGCUAAACUGAAAGCAUCCGAUAGCCGCAGCUUCCUUGAUCCUAUGCCAGAAGGAGUGCCGUUGAGUGAGCUUGGAUUGGAUAAGGAUGAGAAGUUCAGCACCAUGGAAGAGGAGCGUCGUAAGCUUAUUGCUGAGGAUCGUGAAGGUAAUGCUGCACGCAUUGCUGAACUAGAAGCAGCGAUGAACGAGCAUUCACAUGAGCUUGCUAAACUGAAAGCAUCCGAUAGCCGCAGCUUCCUUGAUCCUAUGCCAGAAGGAGUGCCACUAAGUGAGCUAGGAUUGGAUAAGGAUGAGAAGUUCAGCACCAUGGAAGAGGAGCGUCGUAAGCUUAUUGCUGAGGAUCGUGAAGGUAAUGCUGCACGCAUUGCUGAACUAGAAGCAGCGAUGAACGAGCAUUCACAUGAGCUUGCUAAACUGAAAGCGUCAUAUAGCCGCAGCUUCCUUGAUCCUAUGCCAGAAGGAGUGCCGUUGAGUGAGCUUGAAUUGGAUAAGGAUGAGAAGUUCAGCACCAUGGAAGAGGAGCGUCGUAAGCUUAUUGCUGAGGAUCGUGAAGGUAAUGCAACACGCAUUGCUGAAUUAGAAGCAGCAAUGAACGAGCAUUCACAUGAGCUUGCUAAACUGAAAGCAUCCGAUAGCCGCAGCUUCCUUGAUCCUAUGCCAGAAGGAGUGCCGUUGAGUGAGCUUGAAUUGGAUAAGGAUGAGAAGUUCAGCACCAUGGAAGAGGAGCGUCGUAAGCUUAUUGCUGAGGAUCGUGAAGGUAAUGCUGCACGCAUUGCUGAACUAGAAGCAGCGAUGAACGAGCAUUCACAUGAGCUUGCUAAACUGAAAGCAUCCGAUAGCCGCAGCUUCCUUGAUCCUAUGCCAGAAGGAGUGCCGUUGAGUGAGCUUGAAUUGGAUAAGGAUGAGAAGUUCAGCACCAUGGAAGAGGAGCGUCGUAAGCUUAUUGCUGAGGAUCGUGAAGGUAAUGCUGCACGCAUUGCUGAACUAGAAGCAGCAAUGAACGAGCAUUCACAUGAGCUUGCUAAACUGAAAGCAUCCGAUAGCCGCAGCUUCCUUGAUCCUAUGCCAGAAGGAGUGCCGUUGAGUGAGCUAGGAUUGGAUAAGGAUGAGAAGUUCAGCACCAUGGAAGAGGAGCGUCGUAAGCUUAUUGCUGAGGAUCGUGAAGGUAAUGCAACACGCAUUGCUGAACUAGAAGCAGCAAUGAACGAGCAUUCACAUGAGCUUGCUAAACUGAAAGCGUCAUAUAGCCGCAGCUUCCUUGAUCCUAUGCCAGAAGGAGUGCCGUUGAGUGAGCUUGAAUUGGACAAGGAUGAGAAGUUCAGCACCAUGGAAGAGGAGCGUCGUAAGCUUAUUGCUGAGGAUCGUGAAGGUAAUGCAACACGUAUCGCUGAAUUAGAAGUUGCAAUGAACGAGCAUUCACAUGAGCUUGCUAAACUGAAAGCAUCCGAUAGCCGCAGCUUCCUUGAUCCUAUGCCAGAAGGAGUGCCACUAAGUGAGCUUGAAUUGGAUAAGGAUGAGAAGUUCAGCACCAUGGAAGAGGAGCGUCGUAAGCUUAUUGCCGAUGAUCGUGAAGGUAAUGCUGCACGCAUUGCUAGACUUGAGGAGAGGAUGAACGAACUUUCCCGUGAACUCGCAAGAAUGAAGUUGAAGGAUCGCAGCUUCCUCGAUCCUAUGCCAGAAGGAGUGCCGUUGAGUGAGCUUGAAUUGGAUAAGGAUGAGAAGUUCAGCACCAUGGAAGAGGAGCGUCGUAAGCUUAUUGCUGAGGAUCGUGAAGGUAAUGCAACACGCAUUGCUGAAUUAGAAGCAGCAAUGAACGAGCAUUCACAUGAGCUUGCUAAACUGAAAGCAUCCGAUAGCCGCAGCUUCCUUGAUCCUAUGCCAGAAGGAGUGCCACUAAGUGAGCUUGAAUUGGAUAAGGAUGAGAAGUUCAGCACCAUGGAAGAGGAGCGUCGUAAGCUUAUUGCCGAUGAUCGUGAAGGUAAUGCUGCACGCAUUGCUAGACUCGAGGAGAGGAUGAACGAACUUUCCCGUGAACUCGCAAGAAUGAAGUUGAAGGAUCGCAGCUUCCUCGAUCCUAUGCCAGAAGGAGUGCCACUAAGUGAGCUUGAAUUGGAUAAGGAUGAGAAGUUCAGCACCAUGGAAGAGGAGCGUCGUAAGCUUAUUGCUGAGGAUCGUGAAGGUAAUGCAACACGCAUUGCUGAAUUAGAAGUUGCAAUGAACGAGCAUUCACAUGAGCUUGCUAAACUGAAAGCAUCCGAUAGCCGCAGCUUCCUUGAUCCUAUGCCAGAAGGAGUGCCGUUGAGUGAGCUUGAAUUGGAUAAGGAUGAGAAGUUCAGCACCAUGGAAGAGGAGCGUCGUAAGCUUAUUGCUGAGGAUCGUGAAGGUAAUGCAACACGCAUUGCUGAAUUAGAAGUUGCAAUGAACGAGCAUUCACAUGAGCUUGCUAAACUGAAAGCAUCCGAUAGCCGCAGCUUCCUUGAUCCUAUGCCAGAAGGAGUGCCGUUGAGUGAGCUUGAAUUGGACAAGGAUGAGAAGUUCAGCACCAUGGAAGAGGAGCGUCGUAAGCUUAUUGCUGAGGAUCGUGAAGGUAAUGCAACACGCAUUGCUGAAUUAGAAGCAGCAAUGAACGAGCAUUCACAUGAGCUUGCUAAACUGAAAGCAUCCGAUAGCCGCAGCUUCCUUGAUCCUAUGCCAGAAGGAGUGCCGUUGAGUGAGCUUGAAUUGGAUAAGGAUGAGAAGUUCAGCACCAUGGAAGAGGAGCGUCGUAAGCUUAUUGCUGAGGAUCGUGAAGGUAAUGCAACACGCAUUGCUGAAUUAGAAGCAGCAAUGAACGAGCAUUCACAUGAGCUUGCUAAACUGAAAGCAUCCGAUAGCCGCAGCUUCCUUGAUCCUAUGCCAGAAGGAGUGCCGUUGAGUGAGCUAGGAUUGGAUAAGGAUGAGAAGUUCAGCACCAUGGAAGAGGAGCGUCGUAAGCUUAUUGCUGAGGAUCGUGAAGGUAAUGCAACACGCAUUGCUGAACUAGAAGCAGCAAUGAACGAGCAUUCACAUGAGCUUGCUAAACUGAAAGCAUCCGAUAGCCGCAGCUUCCUUGAUCCUAUGCCAGAAGGAGUGCCGUUGAGUGAGCUUGAAUUGGAUAAGGAUGAGAAGUUCAGCACCAUGGAAGAGGAGCGUCGUAAGCUUAUUGCUGAGGAUCGUGAAGGUAAUGCUGCACGCAUUGCUGAACUAGAAGCUGCAAUGAACGAGCAUUCACAUGAGCUUGCUAAACUGAAAGCAUCCGAUAGCCGCAGCUUCCUUGAUCCUAUGCCAGAAGGAGUGCCGUUGAGUGAGCUUGAAUUGGAUAAGGAUGAGAAGUUCAGCACCAUGGAAGAGGAGCGUCGUAAGCUUAUUGCUGAGGAUCGUGAAGGUAAUGCUGCACGCAUUGCUGAAUUAGAAGCAGCAAUGAAGGAGAAUU